AUGAUCCCCCCUGGCAAAGGUAGAGGCAUCCCAUACUUUUAUAUGACUAUUCUUGAUCCAACUGCGAAAAAUGCGUUACAAGACCAGAGGUCUUCAUUUACUAUCAGCGAAUACAGUUUAGGAACUUGUGGAAAGAAAGACCCUGAGAACCCCAGUUGUGCAAAAAUUACGUUGACCGGAAAGGAGAGCAACUAG